GACCUUGACGUAAGCGGCUCAUCUUGGCCCCCCGCGCCUUCCACCCUGCCCGCACCUGCCUUCAGCCCACCGUCGGCACUGCCGGGGGUCUACAUACACAGCGAACAUGCUCCAGAUGCUCCAGGAGAACUCUCUUCACCGUAGCCUCCCUCCACAUUAUCUGGUAAGCCCCGUCCCCUCUCCUCUCUGUGACCGUCCCAUUUGUAUUCCUUGACACAUUUCGCCUUCCUCUCGACGAUCUGUUCCCUUUGCGCGCGUGGCUGGCCUUGGGACCGCUGCAAUCAUGAUCAACAUCAGCGUACCAUCGCCGCCUCCCAGCCGUCUCCUCGUGAGACUUUAGCCCAUGUCGGUGGCGGGGAGGAUGACCUUCGCCCCCCAGUCACUCCCCCCUCGGCAAGGGCACUCGCAUUCAUACCCUGCCGAGAGCCCUGGUACGUGUCCUUCGUCAUCUCUACGUGCCACCCGCAGCCCCCCGAGCCAGCCCUUGCAUUCCAUCCCCUCGGACUUGGCCGCUACCUUCGUACUCUUCGAGGCCGUAUCUUCCCUCGCCCCCGCGCAUCACGCUGCUCAUCCCGCGGCCUUAGUCACUCGCAUAGCGUGUUCACCACCAGCUCGACUUCUCCCAAGUUCUAUCGCACGCGCAUCGGUACGACGGGAACAUCAGGGAAACCGCCCCCUUGCUGCAAUCAUUGGCGGCCGACUGCUCGCCUCGCCCGCCCCGACGCGUCGUUUCCUCGGAUGUCUUCCAUUGUGUUUUUCCUCCGUUUUGCAAGCAGGCGCCCGGGGUCCCGCCCGCGCCACUGGAACCGGUUGCUGGCGCGUCUGUAAUUCGUCGCUGGCGCCAUCUUCGCCGCGCCUAAGCUCGUUGGCUUUCUUGACUCCGCCACCGCUCUCGACCCUGCCACCGCGCCUGCUCGACCUGCCAAGGGCCCCCACCAUUUCUCGUCCUCGGGGUGUGUCCCUCGUUCUCGCUCGCUCAUAAUCACGUGCGCUUGUCUCGAGACGGCCUUGCCC